AUGGCAAGAGCCAUUAAGUUGCGGGACAUCACCAGCGAAUUGAACGACUGCGUCUACACCAGUGGGAAAUAUCCAUUGCUGGUUGACACCACUGGCCAAGCAUGUCAGUUCCUGAAGUACCGUGGUCGCUACUUAUCGAUCCUCAAGAAGGGCGACUUCGAGAAAGAGACCCUUCGAAAAGCCUUGGUGCAGGCGCUUCACAAUGGGGCCUGGCUUGUCUUGGACUUCGACAAGCUAGAGUGUGACCUGCAGUCUUACUUUGACAAGGACUCUUUUCCAGAGAUGGUCUUGUCACCGCACGAGCUCUUCCUUGAGGAAAACUUCACGCCGCUUCUGCGCCCCACCGAUGAGUUUGCUGCAAAGGUCACCUACGAGCAUCAGGCUGCAUUAGCCGAGGGCGCAUUUCAGGAUAGGACAAAGUGCCAUGCUCCUGAAAGGGUUGCAGAUGUGAGCAAGAAAUUCGAUCCCAAAGAUUCUUUUCGCCUCGUGCUGGCGACAAAGCAGGAGGAGCCUCCUGCUUCCCUCAAAGAAAAGAUGGUGCUUCUAAAGGUGGACGUAUCAGAAAACGAAGUGAAGGAGAACGCUGGGCGCUGGGCGGGCCGGGAGCAGCCCAAGAAAGAGAAGUCCAAAGAGCAGGUCAAGAUGGACGAAGAACUGCUGGAAUUCGCCUUCGAUGGUGAGCUGCAGGAAGUUCAGACCCUGCUCGACAAGUCUGCAGACCCGAUGGCGAAGGACGGUCGGGGAAACACUGCACUCUCUGAAGCCGCCGUGCAAGGCCACAUUGAAGUGGUCAAGUGCCUGUUGGAUUGGAAGGCACCGAUUGGGAGCGAUCCAAAUGCUGCAGGAAACGAUGGCCGUACUGCUCUCCACAGGGCCUGCUUUCAAGGACACCAGGCUGUGGCCCAAGUGUUACUGGAGCACGGCAGUGACCCUCGCACGAAGGACCGUCACGGGGAGCUUCCCUAUGACAUGGCCAGCAACGACGAGACGCGAGCUGCACUGGAGGCUUGGGAUUCUGCAAAGACGGACUCUCUAAAGGAGGAAAGGGCCAAAGCGAUAGACGCUGAAGACGAAAAGAAUGUUCGCAACGAAGAGGAGCGCUUGCAGCUGGCCCGGCGGAAAAAAACAGCCAAGCUCUGUGAGCUCACUGAGCAAGGCGACAAGGAUGCGCUCGAGCUCGAGCUUUUGGAUCUUGACCGCAAAGAGAUCCCUGCUUACCGGGAUGAUCGAGGGAACAGCAUCCUGCACUUGGCGGCCACCCAUGGUCGCCAGGAAAUCGUGACACUGCUUUUCGACAGCUUUGGCUUUGGGGCAAACCCCCGUGACUCCAAAGGGUGGACACCAAUAGCAGUGGCUGCUUUUCACGGCCACAAGAAGAUCUGCCAGGUCCUCAUGGCCAGAAAAGCCGAUCCUUUGAUCGAGAAUGCCUACAGGAAAGAUGCCUUCGCCGUCGCCAAGGAUGAUGAGAUCAAAGAGACACUGAAAUGCGUGGACACGCCGUCUGAGGUUCCGAUCGCAGGGGCGAGCAGCAUCACUGGAGGCACCGAGAAUCCAGCUGAGGAGGCCCCAGACGAAGCGGAGCCCGCAAUAGCCAAGGCCAAAGCCAAGGGAAAGGCCGGCUCCAUCGUUGCUACUUCGGCCGGGGCUGGUUUGGGUUCGGCCACGUUGAUGGGUGCUUCCAUCUUCAUCUCACAAAAGAAGGUCAGAUCAGUCAUGUCAGUGAGUUGUGCAAGCUGUCCAGUUCGGCAUGCCAUUGCAAUCGGCAUGGAGCUACCGUUCGAUCCGCAGGGGGACGCCCCUGUCUUCAUCCUCGGGACCCGCCUCGAGGUCGAGUACCCGCUUAGGACUUUCCCUGGCUUGCAGCUGCCUGUCUUUGUCAGUUUUGGGCAGCGGGACCAGAGGGUCUUCAGACUUUCUGGAAAGUUUUGGGUACCUGUUGUGAGGCCUCGCUCUCCAGCGCCACAGUAUGGCGCCGAUGGCUUGGAUGGUAGCGGCACGGGUGCUGGCGCUAGGCGUUUCGUGGACUACCGCAUGGACCCGGCUCCCUCCUGGAAUGGAGAGUGGCCGGAACAGCAAUACCGGGAGUAUGUUAGGAAGCUCAAGUUGUGGUUGAUUGAGGCCCGCGAGCGCCUGCCGUCUGCUCUUAUCGGAAAACGCAUACUAGAUGCUAUUCCUUAUGGCAGCCGCCUCUCCAGUCUCGUUUCUCAUCUGUCGGUGGAAGAGAUCACCUCCGAUGGUGGAUGGGAGACCAUUGUGGCCUGCAUCGAGGAGGCCCAUGACUACUUGAAAGUGGCUAAGCUGGAGCAAGCAUUUAGCGAAGCAGUGUUUCGGGGACGCCGAAAACAUGGACAAUCCAUCUCCGCCUUCCUGACGGCGAAGAAGGCGAGCUUUGCCGAGUUGCGGAAGCAGGGAGGGUUCACAGCGGAUCAGCAGCAGCGCAUCAGGGUGCUAACUGAUGGAAGCAUCGAGUUCAAGAAGGUGGAAGGUGCGAUCCGGAAGAUCUUUGGAGAUGGGGUUGAUGAUGCAUCUGACCACCGUGGUCAGUCCUACUGGCUGGACGGGGCGGAUGAUGGAGAUGACUGGGGCUACCAGAAUGGCGAGCUCUACGACCAGGAUGGCGAGAUCUACUACCAGGAUGGCGAGAUCUACUACCAGGGUGAUGAGAUCUACUACCAGGACGCCGAGAACCCCCUCUUCCAGGACAUUCUUGAAUCCGGUGACGAUGGCGAGGUGUAUAUCUGUUUAGAUGAGCCAAUGCCUGCAAUGAUGGAGGAAGAUGAGGCUCUAAGCUACUGUGGCGAGUUGCUGAAUUAUGUCUUCGGAGAGACCUCAGACCGAUGGUUUCGGAAGGGAAAAGGCUUUGGUGUCUAUGGCACUGGUGUGGAACGCCCGGACGAGAUGCCAUCAGUGCAAGCAGCUGGGACACUGGAGCCGGGAAUGCCCGCAGAGACGUCGAGCCCCCAGUCCGGUGUCAACGAGGCCUGGCUCGAACACGCCACCUUCGGCAACCUCUUCUCGGCCAUCUACGAAUAUGUUCCGUUGCCGAAAUCGGGCAAGUUUUCCGAGGAGCUGAAUGAGCUCGACCGACCUGUGCACCUUCCGGAGUCGGAGCAAUACAUGGAGUCCUCCUUCCUCAGCUUUACGUUUGCUAGUACACAGGGGGAACCUCGGGGUUGUGCGUUGGUUGACACAGCUGCUCAGCAUGGGCUAGUUGGAGAGAGUACCCUCAUGAGUCAUGAUGCCCUUCUUCGUGAUCAGUACCAACUUAGGAUCCAAGUGACCAACGAGCCUGGGGGUACCGUUCGUGGAGUGUGUGGUUCUGAGCAGAUCACCAAGGUUGCGUAUGUUCCCCUCGGGAUUUCAGGGAAGUCAGGAGUGCUUCGUGUCCAAGUGGUUCCAGGUGAUGUUCCUUUCCUGAUUCCUGCGUAUCUGCUUUCGGAGCUGGGCGCAGUCAUAGACAUGCAUGCCUGCCUCAUUGCCUACACGAAUAUCGGUGCAGUUCAGAGCAUGACACGCAGAAGCACUGGACACGUCGAGAUUCACAUCUGUGAGUUUGGGAGCCGAACCCGGCACCGCCCUCUGGUUUUUCAAUCGAGCUCCUUGAUGGAGCGCGCCAAGCCUGUUCCAUGGCUCCUUCGCUGGCGACGCUUUGUGCUGCGCUGCUUCUAUGGGCUGUUCGUACAGGCACAAAUGGGCCUCGAGCAGAUUAUCACCCAACCUCAGCUGCGCAGGGCCAGGCGCUUGGCAGUGCAGCGCGAAAACCUCGAGCGACGAGCCCUGGAACUACAACGACAAGAACAGGCCCUGGUGGCGUCUACGGCAUCCUCGAGGACUCCCGUGCAGAAGAAGAUGAUGACGUACGAGGACUAUGCCGAGCAGCUUCGCCCCAUGGCCGAACACCGUGGACGGGCGAAGUACUUGACACCAGUCCUACGUGCCUCGCCCAUGUGCCCACACCAGGAGACGAAACAUGGUGCGAACUCGGACUGGGCCUGGGUGAAAUGUCUUCGGUGCCACCAGGUGGAGCAAAUACCAAAGCUUCCACUGAACCGGCUGCAGCACUGGAACGAGGUGCUGGUCUUCCAGAAGCCGGACUACGAGACGCCCAUGGAAAAGCAAAGUGCGAAGGAGACCAAGAAGGCAACGAAGGUGAUGGCGAAAAUGGCCAAUCCCUCUACUCCGGCGACGAGCUCUAUGAAGCCUUCUGCCCGGACAGUCCUGGUGGAACAGCAAGAACUCCUUGCGAUGGACAUCGGGACCCCGCGAUCGAAGCUGUCCGGCCUGUACCAGAGUGGAUCCGAGCAAAUGGAGGCCAGCGACCGCGAGCAGGACGAGAUGAACCUGUGGAGGAUGGAUGCAGCCUCAGCGCCGCAGGUGAGCCCGCCGGCACUGAUGCAAGGAAAACCGGGUGAUGUGGAUGUGCAGCGGCGGGAUCCAUGGAUGUCCAUGCCAGUGGCCGAACUACGCCGGCCGCCUGUCUUUGGCUGCAGGGGUCCGUCUGUGUGUGAUCUGCCAGAGGGGAGUGCUUCAGAGCACACACCACCGGGACCGGGAAGCCCUUCAGUGUCCACAAUGUGGGGACAUGACGCUGAUGAUGGAAUGGCCGGAGGUGCUGAGGAGCCAUUGCCAGAACGGUGGCUACAACCCGGCUCUUCUGCACCCAACUCCGUGACCUACGGGUACAAGUCACUUGGUUGGCUCGGGGAUGUGUCGAGUCAGCUGCCCGGUCUUUCAACAGUGCUUGGAAAUGUGGUAUCACCACACUCCAUGGUGUACACCUACCACGGUGAUCAUGUACCUGAUCACCCACCUGUGAGACUGAGGUACCCGUUGGGAACACGUGUGGUGGCUACCAGCCCUGAGCCUGGGAUCUGGAACCUGUUGCAUAUUGACAGGUCCGCCAGCUGUAGAUAUGACCUUGGCGGCGAGACGAAGGUGUUCGUGAUCCAGGAGUUCACAGACGAGUUCCUGGACUACGUGAAGGACCAGGACCUUGAUCCCAUUGAGGUGACCAUGGAUAGGCAUGUGAAAAAGAAGCUGGGUGAUUCUCUAGCCAGCUUGACUGGCAGUCUUGACCAGUACUUCGACCUUUGGGAGGAGACGACUUCCGGUGAAGAGCCCUCUUUUGGGACCUCCAUACCAGCAACCGUGGAAGUUGCACUACCAGGCACACCUGAUGAACCACCACCUGAGGUGCUACCACCACGACUGCCUGUGCAUGAGACUUCUCAGUUUGCAACAGGGAGCGGUCGACGACCAAAGCCACCGUACAACAUGAAGGACCUCGGUCUCCCCAGGAGCCCGAAUGACUCCACGCGGCUCCAGAGCGACCUCAUUCCCUACGAUUUCGAGCUUACCACUCUUUGUAGAGAUCUACAACAAUUCGGGUAUGGAGAUGAGGUCUGGCGGGAUCACUACGGCCAGGCCAUGUUGGUGACAAUGCACCCUCGCACCAGUUUGGUGCCUCUUGUUGGACCUGGCAACCGACACUUGCGAUGGUCGGCGGUGAUGACCAAUCCUGGUGAGUGGAGAUGGUUGGAACGAGGUGGCUCUGGCCCCCUCUGCCCAGGACUACGUGAUGGACUUGUACUUGUGAUUGUUUAUCGUUGGGCACCUCCUGCUCAAGCGGUCAGGAACCCGGAGAAGAAUGAGGUAACCACCUAUGUGUCGACCUUUGACCUCACGGACCGGGAGAAGCGAGGUGUGCUUCGGUGCCACGUGAAUCUGGGACACCCACAUGCCAAGGAGUUUGCUCGAUUGCUACGCGCUGCCGGUUCCCGACAGGAUGUGAUCCAGUACGUGUUGAGGGAGUUCGAGUGCCCUGGAUGUGUCCGUGAGAAGCGAGCUCCCACACGUUUACCUGCAGCUACGCCAAGGACGUACGACUUUAACGUCAUCAUAGGAGUAGACCUCCUGUUUCUCCACGGCCUGAACUCCAAGGCGGACCACCCAGUCCUAAACAUCACAUGUCUCGGUACAUUGUAUAGCACCUUCGGAUUGAUCGAUCCGCUGGCAAAGACAGCUGUCAAGGCUUGGGAAGGUUUUGCACGCCUUUGGUUGCGGACUUUUGGAGCCCCUCAGUACCUGAUGUUCGACGAGGGACGAGAGUUCACUGGAAGUGCGUUUCAAGAAGGGAUGGAACGACAUGGAAUCAUUCCUUUGGAGGUUUCUCGACAAGCUCCAUUCGCCAACGGCAUCGUGGAGCGCCGUGGCGGUUUGUUCAAGGAGGUGUACUACCGGACCAAGGAGCUAACUCCUCCAAGAAAUCUUCCAGAGCUGGAGGCCUUGAUCUUCGAGGCCAGUUGGGCUUUGCAAACAUUGGUGAACCGGAGUGGGUUUUCCCCUGCACAGAGGGUGCUGGGCCGCCAGCCCACUUUGGCAUUGGACACCCUUGCUGAUCAGCGAGAAUAUCAUUUGAGCACGACCCAGGAUGAGGCCUGGGAGAGGGCACACACGAUGCGAACCGCAGCCCGGGAAGCCCUCAUGGAGGUGGAUGCUCGUGCUCGGCUAGCAAGGGCACGACUGGCGAGACCUCGUCAGGAGAUCGCCAAGUUGCACUUUGAGAAGGGUGAGCCUGUUGCAGUGUGGAGGCAAGGAAAGCGCGGGAACACCGCGAAAGUUGGGCCAUGCUUUGUGGUGCUCCAGGAAGGUCAAACAAUCUGGGUGACCAGACGUGGACAGUUGUGGCGUUGCCAUGUGGGACAGGUAUACAAGAUGGCAGAGAGUGAGAAGGCCGGAAUUGAAGCUAUACCUCUAGACCUUCUGGAGGCCAAAACCCGUCUGCGCUAUGACUCUGAGAAGAUGAGGUUCAGAACAUCAAAUUCGAAGGGACCGAUGUGGUGCGACGUCGUCCAGCGGGUGACGAUCGACAAUGACACCAAUGAGGAACCGAACUUACGAGUCCAGACCAACCCGAACGUGAUUCACUACAACCAGAAGAUGCGCGUUACAGAAUGGGGUGACAAGGGCAAGCACCCUGUCGACGGGGAGAUCUAUGGUAGCUUUGUUGGGUUAACCAAGAAAUCGGGGAAAGAACUCAACGAGCGCAACUUCGACCUCGAGGAACAGAAGAUCUUCAACGAGGCCAAGCGAGUCGAGAUCCAGAACCUCGAGGGCGGAGGUGCCAUUCGGAUCAUCGAGGACCGCGAUGAGGCAGACCGUUUGCGAGCUGAGUUUCCGGACCGCAUCAUGCCGUCCAGGUUCAUCCUCACCAGAAAACAGCAGGAGAUUGGUGAGCGAUGGAAAGCUAAAGCACGCUGGAUAUUGUUGGGGCAUCGUGACCCCGACGCUCUUGACUUAGAGCGUUUUGCCCCGACACCUGCCACACCAACUGUCUAUUUGACUCUGCAGGUCAUCAGCUCGUUAUGCUUCGAACUCUUCAUCAUGGACGUCACUUCGGCAUUUGGCCAAUCCGACCCCGAACAACGGCGACAAGGGCGACUCUUCGCUUCACUACCAAAGACAGGACUUCCUGACAAGCCAGCAUGGAGUCUGAUCGAGGUGUUGACUGCAGUGUACGGGCUUGUCAACGCACCAGCCUCCUGGAGACGGACAGUGAGGAAGUUUCUGUUGGGAUUGGGGUACCAUGAAUCGGUGUUCGAUCCAUGUUUGUUUUACCUCCCGUUUGACCAAAAGGAGAUUGAUGAGUUGGGCGGCAUCGACAACGCCCGAGGGGGACCCAGGCAUGCCACCUUGAUGAGUCAACUUCGAGAACGCUUCAGGUUCGGGAAAUGGAGAAAAGUGUUUGGUGGCAGCGGUGAAUACCUUGGACGGACUAUCCGUCAGCUCCAGAACUUUGAGGUGAGGGUGGACAUGCGGCGAUAUGUGGAGGAGAAGCUCUCGCCCAUCCACCUGACACGUCAUCGCUUGAAAGACGGUGACGAUGCCAAGCUGAGUGAGAAGGAGAUCACUGCCUUGAGGGGUGCUGGAGGCUCUCUACUUUGGAUAGCCAAGGAAGCCCGACCAGAUGUUGCUGCAGCCAGCACCAUGACGAUGAGCUGGGGUGCAGAUGGUCCCACCAUCAAGGACAUCAAAGCAGCCAACAAGGUGAUCUCCGAGCUCAAGCGCACCCCGGACUACUUCCUGCGGAUCCUUCCAGUGAGUCUGAGCACCGGACUCUGGGUUUCGGUUUCCGAUGCUUCAGUGGCCAACGACCACGUGCGCAGCCAGGGUGGUUUCCUGGUGGGCUUUGCCGACGGCGAUAUUUUAAAGGGCGACCUCGUGAACUUCAGUAUCAACAGUUGGAGAAGUCACCGCCUCCGAAGGGUGGUAAAAGCUUCGUUGGGCUCAGAGGCCUUGGCAAUGGACGAUGGAUUGGCUGAGCUGGAAUGGGUGAAAGCCAUGUUCGCUGAACUGGUGGUUCCAGGCUCGACAAUCAGUGAUGGCAGUCGUUAUGGGCCAGACGAAUCGAUUGCUGUCGUCCGCCAAGUUGACCCCUCCGAGGAAUCCAUUCUGGUGACCGACGCCCGCGCUUUGUACGACUUGUUCCACCGCCGCAGCGGUGCAGCUGGUUUGUGUCGCCGAGCCCAGAUCGAUGUGAGUGUUCUUGCCGAAUCUGCACGUGUUCUCAAAGCCACUGUACAUUGGCUGCCUGGAAACUUUAUGGUUUCAGAUUGUUUGACCAAGCGGCUUGGAAACUCUGCGCUGAUGCGCAAAGUCAUGCUGCAUGGCAAAUAUGCCAUCAAAGAGUUCGGACUGCAGAAGCUAGCUCAGCUGACUGAUUGCGUUUCUGACCUGAAUUCUCCCCCUGAUGGAUGUGAAACUGUUAGCAAUAAGCUCAGGUCAGAUCAGUCAUGUCAGUGA